UUAUAUUGCCCACACAGCAAUACUCAAGCACUACUAUUAUUUCAGUGUUGUUAUUUGUUAACACAGGUUGUUAAUUCAGUUAAAGACUUAAGGUUAAGGAUAUAAAAUUAUUUAUACAGAGAAAAAUGACUGAAGAAGCGGAAUGUGAAAUAGAAUUCUUAGACGAAGAUGCAGAUAUUGUCCAACAAUGUGUCCAAACUGUGGAAAACGAGACCGAUGUCAAACCUACCUUAGGCGAACCUAUACUACUCGUCGAGAGAGUGCCAAACGAAAAACGUCAAAACCAAACUAGACGGAGACGAAGAAAAGAAGAAGAAGACUCUGAUUAUGAUCCCACAGAAGAUAUACCACAGAGAAAUAGGAAAAGAAAACAAACUCAUUUCGCCCGGCAAACAGCCACCCGGGGACGUCGAUUCGUAUCAUCAUAUACCCACAAAAUAGAUAUAAAAGAGGAGCGAAAGUCUAAACAGAUGUCUACAAAGUAUGAUUCAGUUAAGUUUAGUUUUAAUAGAAAGUUAUUGAACAUAAGGAUACCAGAUUACGAUGAUCCUCUGUGCCUUCCUGUUCGUGCCUUAAAGAAAGAUGAAUGGGAUGCAAUUAAGCUUAGGAACUGGAACAACUUGUGCUUGGAAAACUUUAAGAACUUUGACAAUCCAUUGCGUGCUGAGAAGGAGCCGACUGUGUCAUCAAAAAGAACAGUUGUGUUGAGAAAUAUACACAACAAAGUAACAGGUAAAGUUGAAACGACGGUGUACAGCAAGAUAUGCGUUCAAAAUAAGAAUGAAAACAAGAGAUCUGAGGUCGUUCAAUCAGUUCUCCCAAAGUACAGAGAGAAGAAAGUCUUGAACGCAUUUAAGUUGAGCGAUGUUAAGAAAAGGAGAUCAUUUCAUCACAGAGAAGAGGUUUUAUUGACAAAAGAGGUCAACAAAGAUGUAGAGACGUUAGUCGUUUAUAAGCCUCGAGAGAAGCUGUCACUGGUGUACAAAAUGUUCGUGGAGGAAAGUGAAAAUGUGAAUGAGAGAGACGGUGAAAAUAAUAAGUAUUUGAAAGAAGUGGCCAGUUGUCAGACCUGUGCUCCCUGCUACCAAACUUCUUGGAGAGGCUUCAAGAAGAAUGAUAAGAGGAACAUCCGCUGCCAAGUGUGUAUGAGGCCGUGCAUCAGCGUGUACAACCUGCUGGCUCAUCUCAAGAGUCAUUCAGAGCAUGAUGUCCGUUCCUGCAAGAGGGCCAUCGCUAGGAGUUUGGCUUCUGUAGUGGAAUAUCAUUACAAGUGCAGAAUAUGUCAAGAACAGUUCUUAAGUAUACGGGAAUUGAGGCAACAUGUCAAGACGCAUAAAGGUACAGAAACAUUUAAGUGUGAAGUCGGAAACCAUUUUACUACGUAACUGUAAUAAUAAAUGAAAAAAUGUUAUGUUUC